UGUAAACAUUGCUUACGAUAAGUUUAUCGAGAUAGCUAUUAUUGCUUGUGGAGAUGGACAGUAAUUAGAACAGAACAGUGAAAAAAUAAAGUAAAUCUAAAGUUAUUAACUAUAUUUUGAUAAGAAUAAUGGGUUGUUGCUAAACUCUCAAAUAAUAAUUAAAUUCUUUGAAUAUAAACUUCAUACAAGUCUGUUCCAGUUUUAAUAAUGGAUAAUUCAAAUGUGUUAUUAGUUACGGCUAACGUUGGCACUUUAUUCGAAGAUCCUUUAAACUUGAUGCAACAAUGGAUUCAUGAGUUCGUUUUAACAAUAAAGCAGCUACAGCCACAAUUCAUAGCUCUUCACAUGCAAGAAGUUGGCGGUAAAACCUACGAGCAAUCUUCCAAUCAUGUGAAAGAAUUUAUUGAGUCUUUGUGUGGAGCUUAUGAAAUGCAAGAAUUCACCAUUGCACGCAUAUAUCUGGAUGAAAAUUUUAAUUCCCAGGAUCAGUUUACGGCUUUAGGAAACAUAUAUUUCGCUCAUAAAACUAUACAAAACAUCCGGCUUUGGAAUUUCACAAGUAGCUCUUGGGAAUCUACACAAGGAAAAUUGUCAUAUUAUGGAAAUAUAGAGGACGUACCAACAAAAGAGAAGUCGAAAUUUCCACGUGAAUUUUUUCCUGAGUGCAAAUGGUCUAGGAAAGGAUUUAUGAGAACACGUUGGGACAUUAAUGGCACUAUUGUCGAUUUCGUAAAUAUUCACUUAUUUCACGAUGCAUCAAAUUUAACAGCACUUGCUGACUUCCCUUCAGUUUAUUCACAAAGAAGACGAAAGGCAUUGAUUCACACAUUAAAAAGGUUCGAUAUUGACAAGGAUAACGAAAUUGUUCCUUAUUUUUUAUUCGGCGACUUUAACUUUAGAAGUGAUUCUGUAGGCGUAACUAAGGAGUUAACAAAAAAUCUGUCAUUGCAUCGUUUAAUGACACUGAAUGCAAAUAAUUUAAAGAAGCAAUACCGUGAUGAAUUUGGGGAAACUAUAUUAAUCAUCGGAAAGAAGGAAUUCCAUCAUAUUGAUCAUCAAAAUAAGUUCAGAGAAAAAUGGCUAAAAAAAUACGACCGGGAUUUGGAAAUUUUCAAGGAUAUACUUUUCGAACAUGACAUUUCGUUCCCGCCAUCGUAUCCUUAUGAGGAAAAAUCAGAUUUACCAACCAAAUAUUUGACAACAAGAUGUCCUUCUUGGUGUGAUCGAGUUUUAAUGAGUCCACAAAUGAACGAGAUAACUUUAUGUAAAAGAAAUUCUUACAAUUUAAUUGGAAAUGAUAUGUGUAUGGGCGAUCACAAGCCCGUUUACUUGAACAUCCAGAUAAAACCGAAUCAAGGUAUCGUAAAGCCCGCUGAAAUGGUGAGAAAAUGUUUGCAUCACAUAUCGAAUAACUUACUUUCAAAUGCUGGUGACAUUUCGAAUCAUCCUGUCAUAAGCAAACCUUCAAACCAGUUUAUAAAACUCCAAAAAACUUAUAAUAUUGCAUGCCAAAAUAUUUUGGACUCUGGACUUACUGCAUCUAAUAUGAAUGAAUACUUGGGAACGCAUAGCUGGAUGAAUUCCAUUGGAAGCCAUGGAUUUACAAUAAUGAGAGAAACAUUUCUUUAAUUAAUCACAUAUUUAUUUUAAAAAAUUAAGUGAUCUUUUUAAACGGUAUGAUUUUUUUAACUUUUUAAGAUAAUUAUUUAUUAUUAUUAUUAUAUCUUUCCAAAAUUAGGUUAACAAAUAAAAUAUUAUUAAAAUAAAGUAGUGAUCGGGUGGUCAACCCCUCUCUAUUGAUAGCUGUGUGGUGUUGUAUUGUGUCAGUUUUUAGCUUCCGAUUAAUUUUAUGCGGUAGUGAGGUGUGUAUAUAUGUUAGUUUGUUGUUGUUGCAGUCUUUUUGAAAUUUUCGCUCCUAAUUGUAAUUUUUAAAAUCUUAUUCCUUCAUUCAAUGGCUGUGGAAUAUAUCUUAGAUAUUUGAAAUUUGAAAAAUUUAUUUCUUGAAAAUGUUAACUGCGUGUAGCCUUUUAAUUCCAAUGAUGUCGAUAUCAUCCGCUUAGGACAACAAUUGAACACUUUAGUAAAAUAGGUGUCUAAUAAGCUCUGUGGAUUAAAACCUGUCUGAAACCUCGUUUAGAGAGGAGGACCUGGGAGAGUUCUCUUACAUUAAGGGGUUAGAUGGGUUUCAGAGGUUAAAAAGAAGGCUAAUCGUCCCUAUUCCCGUUAUCGUUAUCGUUUUAAAACGACUUAAGAACGCCUAUUUGGCAUUCCUGUUGGCGUUAACGACAUUUAUCGAAAAUAAAUUGAGAUUCCCCAAUUUGAAACGACUAUAGAAACGACAUAGAAACAGUCGUUUUUUGUCGUUGCUAUAAUUGUGAGCGACAUAGAAACGACGCGGUUGUUUUAAGGAAUAUUUGAAGUGAAGGUGAAAAUUCCAAAUCGGAAACAGUUUGAAAUUUUAAUUUCUGAAAUGGAAAAAUAUCCUGCAUAUGCCAAAGACUUUAGAAAAGGGAUAAAUCCUUUAAAUUUCGAUUUUUUGGGAGGGAUAUUUUUUUCUAAAAAAAAAAAAAAUAAAUCCAUUCCACCGCCAUCUCUCGUCGGAAAUUGUUGGCAUUAAUAAAAUUGCAUUUUUAUAUCUAAGAAUAUAUUUAAGAUAUGAAAGAUCUUAAAAUUCAAAACGAAGAAAAAAAUAGUACUCCAACAAGAGGAGGAGUUAAUAAACAGACACCUAUGUCUCCUUUGGCUGGACCACUAGGUAGAGUAGUCGGAUUAGCCAGAAGCAAGGAGCAUGAGACGCUGGAAGAAUAACAUAUUUUAGAAGAAAGUUUGGAGGACGCAGAUGUCACCACUACUUCUUUUAAAAAAUCAAAUAAAAGUGGAAGACUAAUAUUGUUGUACUUAAGUACAAUAAUUACAGUGAUAACGUUGUUUAGAGUCAAUAUAGAAUAGCAUAAAAUCCAUUAAGGACUGCUUUAAAAAUGUGUCUCGUUGCAUAAGAAAGAAAUUUUUAUAUGGGAAAAGAGCUCCUUAAAGUAUACUAUAUAAAAUAUGUAGACAAAUUUCGAUAACUUUUCUUAGGCGUUACGAUAUACUUCAAGAAUACCAAUUUAGGAACGAAACGACGAUAAGAACGACAACGACUUAGAAACGACUAUUAAAACGACAACGACAACGGGAAUAGGGCCGAUUAUUGAUUUUUUUUAACAUAUACAAUCAUAUAUUUCAUUUAAACAAUUCACCUUAUCAAAGAUACAGUAUUCUGUGAAUUUUUUAUUUAAAAAUUUCGAAAACUCAGACAUUGGCACAUCAUCUGAUAACCUUAUUGCAAAGAUGUGUGAGAAAUUUUAACAAAAUCGUUUGAUAACGUUUUGAGAUAUCGUGUCCACCGUUUUGAAAAAUUGAGUUUUGAGAUAAACGCGUUUAAAGUUUUAUUUGUCAUACUGACGUGGCCAGAUGGGCGGAACUUCUAAAGGGUGUAUCUCUCAGAAUAUUACUCAGAUGGAUUUGAUAUUUUUGGGUAAUAUAUUUUAAAAAUAUUGCACUAUUUAAUAAGACAAAAAAUUUUGUUUUUCAAAUUUUGAGUAUUUGAAAUCCAUCUAACUUCCUAUUAACAAUUAUUUAUCUAUUGAUUAUGCUGCCCGAUAAUGAUUACAAUAAUAUACACACUUGCCCAAAAUAACUGUUACACCAACCACUUUCAAUCACAGAAACACAUUUUUUAAAACUCAUAAAAAUUUCAUUUUAUUUAAAUUUUUAAGAAAGCCGCCAUCGUAUUUUUAUAUUCUUUAAAUAUUUACAAGUAAAAUAAAAUAAAUUUCACGUUUAAAUAAAGCAAAACAAUGAUAUGUAGAUCCAAUAAUGUUACAAGUGUUAACUAAGAUCCCCGUUUCUUAAAUAUUUAAAUAACAAAAGAAUAAAUCAUUACUCGUGUUGAAACUGGAAUUCUAUCCUCUAUAUGAAUUAAAUUUUGUUUAUUUGCACUUGUAUUGUUAUGGUUUUCUUUAUUGUGAAGGUAAUAUUUAAUAUUUAGUAAAUUUCUUCUUAAUACAAAAGAAUUUGCAAACAUACUCAGUUUUAUUACUCAAUAAGCUUUUUGGCUUUGAAAUAUCUCCGUAAAUAUAAAACCUGCCAAGUAGCUAGACCAAGUAAGCAA